CCUUGGCGGACCAAUAACGCGCAGAUCAUCCUUCCAUCCAUCUCUCAACAAGCGGUUUCUUAAGGAACAAGAAGGGGAAAAAAACAAGGAGAUCUCUUUAUUAUCUUGACAAAAGAUCUCGGGUUUGGCUGCUUUCUUGGGAAGCUGUUUGUACAUAUAUAUUAUUUUCUUUAUCUGGUUGAAUUUCCUCUGAGAUGGAAGUGAGAUGUCGUCCAGCGAUGAUGUGUUGUGUUUUCGCCGUACUCUUCUCCGUGGUUCCCCGGUCUCUGGAGUCCUCUCUCGCGGACAGGCAGUACCUGAACGAGUGGGCAGUGGAGAUCCCCGGAGGACUGGACGCUGCAGAGUCGAUCGCCAAAGAGCUGGACUACAAACUGGUCCGACAGAUCGGGGCCCUGGAAGACCAUUUCUUGUUCAAACAUCGCAAUCAUCCUAGCAGAAUGAAACGAAGUGCCAACCACAUCACCAGGCGGCUGUCGGAGGAUGAUCGGGUGCUUUGGGCAGAGCAGCAGUACGAGAAACGUCGCAACAAGAGAGCGUCCCUCGGGGGGUGCAGGGACUGCCCGGUGGACAAGCUGUUCGAUGAUCCUAUGUGGAACCAGCAGUGGUACCUGCAAGACACACGCACUUCCUCCUCGCUGCCGAAGCUCGACCUGCAUGUGAUCCCCGUGUGGCAGAAAGGCAUCACGGGAAAAGGAGUGGUCAUCACCGUGCUGGAUGACGGCCUGGAGUGGAACCACACAGACAUCUACUCCAACUACGACGCAGCAGCUAGCUAUGACUUCAACGACAACGACCCCGACCCUUUCCCCAGAUACGACUCCACCAAUGAAAACAAACAUGGAACCAGGUGCGCUGGUGAGAUUGCUAUGCAGGCAGACAACAAUAAAUGUGGUGUUGGAGUGGCAUACAACUCCAAGGUUGGAGGGAUCCGUAUGCUGGAUGGGAUCGUGACAGAUGCCAUCGAGGCCAGCUCUAUUGGGUUCAAUCCAAACCAUGUGGACAUCUACAGUGCCAGCUGGGGACCAAACGAUGAUGGCAAGACCGUGGAGGGCCCUGGCCGCCUGGCACAGAAGGCAUUUGAAUACGGUAUCCAGAAGGGCCGUGGUGGGAAAGGCUCUAUCUUUGUUUGGGCUUCAGGUAAUGGUGGGCGCCAGGGCGAUAACUGUGACUGUGAUGGUUACACAGACAGCAUCUACACCAUCUCAAUCAGCAGUGCCUCCCAGCAGGGUCUGUCCCCCUGGUACGCAGAGAAGUGCUCCUCCACCCUGGCUACAGCCUACAGCAGUGGAGACUACACCGACCAGAGGAUUAUUAGUGCUGAUCUGCACAAUGAGUGCACUCAGACUCACACGGGAACGUCGGCCUCUGCCCCGCUGGCUGCUGGAAUAUUUGCUCUGGCACUGGAACAAAAUCCAGAACUUACCUGGAGAGACCUGCAGCACAUUGUGGUCUGGACCUCAGAGUUCGAUCCUCUGGCCAAUAACCCGGGCUGGAAGAAGAACGGAGCGGGGCUGAUGGUCAACAGCCGCUUCGGCUUCGGCCUUCUCAACGCCAAAGCCCUGGUGGACCUCGCUGACCCGGCGGUGUGGAAGCAUGCGCCUGAAAAGAAGCAAUGCAUCGUCAGGGAUGACUCUUUCCAGCCCAGGGAGAUAAAAGCAGCGGGGGAGAUCACAAUAGAGGUGCCAACCAAAGCCUGUGCCGGGCAGGAGAACGCAGUCCAAUCCCUGGAGCACGUGCAGGUGGAGGCCAGCAUCGAAUACACCAGGAGAGGGGACCUACACAUAACACUCACCUCCCCAGUCGGAACCAGUACAGUGCUGCUGGCUGAGCGAGAGAGGGACACCUCCGCUAAUGGCUUCAGAAACUGGGACUUCAUGUCUGUGCAUACAUGGGGAGAAGACCCUACUGGUACAUGGACCCUGAAGAUCACAGAUACAUCGGGCCGUAUGCAGAACGAGGGUCGGAUUAUGAGCUGGAAGCUAAUUCUUCAUGGGACGUCGGAGAAGCCAGAGCACAUGAAGAAAGCUAGAGUGUAUGUUCCCUACAACGCCGUGCAGAACGACCGCCGUGGUGUGGAACAUAUGGACGACAUGUUGGAGGAGGAUCCCACAAAGAUACCUCCACCUCCAAAGACUCCAGAGACUGCACGAGCUGAAACUGAAAAGGAGCCCAGAAAUCCCUCAAACCCACCUUACUCCCCCUCCCUGGCCCUACUGCGCCUCCUUCAGACGGCCUUCAACAGGCAGACCCCCGCCCUGCAGCAGCCCCAGUCUGCACCCGCCUGGAGGAAGAAGGAGCCGAGCCGGAGCCUCUCUCCUCCCGCAACACGGCUCCCCCCUCAGACGCUGUACCAGGCUCUGGACCUGAUCAACAAGUACCGAGGCCCCGAGGACAGUGUCUACAGCGACUACUCUGAUGGCUUCUACAGCAACAAGCCGUACAGGCACAGAGACGACCGACUGCUGCAGGCCCUGUUUGAGAUGAUAGAUAAUAAUCGCAAGUGAAGGAGAAGGGAGGAGGGGAAGAAGGAAGAGGCGAAGAAAGAUAUACGAUCAGAAAGGAGAAAAGGGACAGGAGGAGGGGAAGAAGGAAGCAGAAGGAUGAGAUCGGGCAAUGGAGGAGGCGAUGAAGAGAAGAAACACAGAAAAUAAAACUCUUCCACUUAGUUCUGUUUUCCCCCAAAAUGCUGCAUAUCUGAUCUUUUUACUUUUCAUUUGCCAAUCAACAUUCAUUAAUUUAUUCUUUCAUGCAAAAUGUUAAGUCCACAGUUAAUUCAAAACAGACUUGUUUCAGGCCUCUCUGCUACAAACUGUAUCUCCAUGUUGUGAAAGUAUUUAAAUCAUAAGAAAGGAGGGGUAGGCCUCGUCUUUCUCCUCUUCAAUGCCUGCUCAAGCAUGCCACUUUUAGAACAUAAGUUUUGUAUUAGUAUCUAUAUAUUAUACAAAGACAAUGAUUGUAAUUUGGUUUUGAAAACAAUUGACAUCUCAAUUUUCCCUUUCAAAUACCCUUUGUUUCUUUUCAUACUUAUAUGUCCUACAUAGAUUUAUUUUUGUGUUUUUUCACACUAUUAUGUGAAACGUACUCAUUUUAAUCACUUUAUGGGAACAAAUUCAACUGGCAUGAAGUCAUGAAAUUAGAGUUAACGUACAUUCAAAAUUCAAAAUAUUUGAUUUGAAAUCUCAAAAGUUUAAAAUUAUUUGGCAAAGAUUUAUUCUCAGGGUGUCAACAACAAAAACAUAAUCUAGACUCUACUAAGUGUAAAAUGAUAAAAUAAUUCAUAAAAAUAGUGUGAAAGAUUAUAUAUUAUGAAAGUAUGCAGAUGAGACAAUAAACUUGUACCAAAACACUAUUAAAAAGAGAAAACCUAACCAACUUUGGGGAUAAUUCGACACAUGAAAGUUGGAGUAGCGAUACAUUCAAAAUGAGAAACAGAUGAAUCUUCUUCUUGUGCCGUUAAUUUAUUUUGUAUAAGUACAAUGCUGCAUUAAAUGAAAUAUUUUUCUAAGGAUCCUCAUAGUUUAUGGAAAUAAUAUAUAAUAUACAGUAUCAAACCCUUGAAUAGUUUAUUUUCUUGUGACGUUGUUCACUCAACAACUACACAAGUCAGUGUAGUAAUCAAAACUACAAACAAACACUGCCAAAAUGUUUGCUGUCAAAAAGCUUCUGUGUGUAUUUCAGUGAAUGUGCAAAUGGCAUGUUGUUUGAUAAUCGUCUGCAAUAUGCCAACUAUAAACCGUUCCGUAAAACAUUGGGAGAUAAUUUUAUUAAUAUUACUUUUCUGGUGAUAUUUAUUUGACAUUAAUGGACCUACUAACACUCUUCAGAAACGGACCAGACACUCUGUAGAAUAGGGGCUCUGCACCUACAACUUUCAAGCACACUCAUCUUGAACGCCUUAAUAUAUGCUGUAAUAAAUGUGCAUUCUCAUCUCUCCGUGGUGUAGUUCAAUUUACAGAUGCUCGUCUUUGUGUUUAUGACAUGAAUAGUUAUGAAUCCUCUCUAUGCAGAGUCUCUAUCCUCCAAUCUGGAACUGCCUGCCCCGCUUCUCUUCAAACAAGGUGACAGGGAAAACGAUGUUUGGGACAACGCUUCACCCGCAUCCUGUAAUUUAUCCAUUGUUUAGUGUUUCCCCCAUGCUGUUUUCUUUAUGUUUUGACUGGUGCUUCAGUCCAAUGUUGUUUACACAAACCAAUAUAUGUUGCAAUUGCUGUAUGGAUAUACAUAAAAAAUAAUGAGAUUUAUCGUAAUAAACUGCAAAGUGAUC